CGAAGAGGAGGAGGGAAAGGGCCUGAUUUCCAGUGUCACUCUGCUCAUCUUAGCUGCCUCUCCCUCCUCGCUCAUCGAUCUGCCAUUUAUCGCAUAGAUCUGAUCUGAUCUGUGGCCAUGGCGUGGAGGUUGGUUGUGGCGGCGGUGUUGGCCUCGUUGGGAUGGGUGUGCGGGUCAGCUGGUGGCUCUGCUUUCGUGCCCUCAUGGUCCUUGAGGCAACCCAUGCGCUCACUCAGACAGGUACAGUACCAAUGGUUCGUUUAUUGCACUGAUACGACCACGAUGGCAGGCAGAUCAGGGAGAUCAGCUGCUUGACGGUUUGUUGUGCAUCAUCUGCUGUGUGCCUGUGUGGCCAUCAGUCGCGGCCGGUGCACACCGAGCAGUACCUGUUUGGCGGUGCCGGCACACCAGCUCCCCCACCAAGUGGGCAACACAGACGAGAGUGUGUCGAUGCCUAUUGGUUGCUGUGCGUGUCUGUUCCGUCCACUCAGCUCCUGCUGGCGGUGCGGGCGGCGGCCUCAUGCAGAACUUCGAGGCCAUCAAGAAGACACAGGAGCUCUUCCAAAAGAUGAAGGUCAGCACGGAGCGGAACAACAGACUCAUAGGUCGACAGCUGGCAUUCAUUGGUGUGUCGUCAGGAUUUGAACGAGGAGAUGCUCAAGACGGAGAUAGAGGGCCGUUCGGACGACGUCGACAAGGAGGUCAAGAUCGUCUACAACGGCAACGGCACACCGCUGCGCGCAGAGGUCAGCGAGGGCGCCGCAUCGCUCGACAAAGACCAGCUCGAAGAGGUACGCCACCGGACCAAAUCACACACACGGAUAUACACAGGUACUGAAUGCCGUGUGUGUGUGUGUGUGUGUGUGUGAUUUGGUCAGGCCUUGACAACGGCUCUGAAGGACGGUUUUCAGAAGGCCGGAGAGACCAGGCUGCAACGGAUAGCCAAGCUAUACGAAGGUGCGUAUGGGUGGACGGACAGACAGAUGAGGCGGGCAGCCUGUGUGGACGUGUGUAUCCUGUCCUGCUGUGUGUGUGUGUGUGUGCAGAGAUGGGAUUGCCGGCAGAGGCCAUGCAGAAGAUGAUGGGUCAAGGGAUGGGCCUCUAGUGUGCGUGCAUGCAUCAGACUGACAGGGUGUGACUUUGCCGCCAUUAGGGAAGGGACUGACGAUACAGUAAUGCUCCUGUGAGGACGCAUUGGAGGUGUGCUGCCGUGUUGUGUGUAUUUAUACAUGUGGAAGUGGCGUGUGCAUGGGAGUUUUCAACGUGCCUGGGUUGAUGUGUGAAUGUGUGGCCAGACGGACCAUGUUGCUGUCAAUGAAGCGAGAGCAUCUCUGAAGACGUUGGUGCAUCGAUGUGGACAUUUCAAAAGACACAGAGAUGGAAGACAGUAACAGCUGGACGGAUGCACAACACGCAAUGCAGCAGAGUAGCCCGAGAUUCGUAUGAACACAUGUAGCAGGCCCCAUAUGACGUGGAUUAUGUGUAUAUACAUGUAGCAUACAGAUGCGAUGCGAUGCACCAUGCAUGUAUAUAUACAUGUACACUGUAUAUAUAUACGCAAGCAGUGUGGGCGGCUGCUGUGGCACACCACACCACACCGACCGAUACACACAGACGGCAUCCUGAAGGCCAGGGUCAGGACAGCAGCAGUGAGGAAGACCUCGACAAGGGUGGACGUGGCACGCAGCGAGCCGGAGCCUGUGUUCGUGGAGGCUUAUGUCCUCGAGCCGCACAAACUGGCCUUCUUGUCCGAGGCCGGCAAGCCGCUGCCCGAUCCUGAAAACGACAGUGAUCUGGUGCAGACGCCCACCGUCGACAAGGGGCCUGUCACACGAUUCCCAGCGGCAGAAUGCAGUCUAGAGCUCCCAUUUAAGAGGAAGGUGAGAAGGGACAGCGCAUGAGCGAGAAAGAGCCUGAAAGGUAUGUUUGUUGUGAAUGCGCAUACAGGAGGACAUGAUUCUGCUAAGAGUUGUCGACAGCAGCCUGACCGAUUACCCUGCGCGUCUGGCUGAAGCGGUGCUGAGUCUGUCAUCUCGUCGCCAGCCAACAAGUGAGCCACUACGCAUUCCGUUGUCCCUUAAUGCAGCCAUCCUGCCAACCGCGACUAUGCAAUUGAAUUACCAUGUUGAGGAUGAUGAGAGCGGCGGGAGGACGGCCACAAUCCAGAUUCAGUCGGCUCAGAAUAUCCCAGUCACAGCCAAUAAGGCAAUGAAUGUCUAUGUUGAGGCCUACCUCACCGAGCAGCUCUCUGGCAGCCAAGCUCAGCCAUUCCCUCAGGAGGAAGAAGCACAAGUGCAAAAAAGGGUUGUUGCCGACCUCUUUGGACGAGUCAAGAAGGCUUUCUUCGGCAUGUUUUCUCGCGAGACGGGGCCACAGGCUCCACCAGGACCACCGCUCGACCGCCACGUCCCGUCCUACGCAAUCACGGCAGCAGCGGAUGUGGUCGAGGUGUCACCGGUGGAUGAGCUGUCUUUCCAGUUCACCCAGACGGACAUCGGCAAGAACGUCAUCAAAGUCUCAGGUCCGAGGGAUUUCGGUGCCCUUGUGUUGAGGGUCGGCUGGCUGCCCAAAGAUGGGAGGAGAAGUGAAGGGUCGUUGCUGGGAGAGGUGGCACUGCCGAUCAAGGACGCCCUCAGCAAACCUGAGUUCCGCAACGCGCAGGGCUACCGCUUGAAGAAAUACGGCAGGGCUACGCAAAAACCAAUGUUUGUCCAAUUCUUCGGCGAAACAAGCUACGUCUACCCACCGGAAGUGCAGGAGGCCCUGGACGGAGCCGGCGACGAUGCCAAAGAGAUCUUGAUAGUCCUCGCAGAGGAGGCGAGCAGACGCAGUGGGACGUAUUUUGAAGAAACCAGGGCCGAGCCCAAACCGGCCGAGCGUGAGCAGGUCUUGGUUAUGGAGAGACAGCAGGGGCGCUCUGUGCGGAAAGACGCGCUAGCACAGGCCAUCCAGGGGGUCAUGCUCUCUGAACAUGCGGAGCCUGGCGAGGUGGAGCCGUUGCCGGAGGCGAGGGACCAGAUGAUGCAGGAUAUCAUCAGACAAAUCCGUGAGGAGGAGGAAGAGCUGUCCACAGAAUCGAUCAGCUUCACCCUGGACAAGGCUCUGGUCAUGCUGCUCGACGAAGAAGAGUCAAUGAAACAGUAAGACAUCCCGGAAAAGUUGUUUGCUUACAAUUGUAUGUUUUUGCACAUGCCUGUCUCAGGGACGCAGCCUUAGAGGCCUUGUUCUUGGAUGCAAAAACGUCACGUGAGGGCGUGCGUGGAGUUUUUGUGGCGAUUGAUGUGACUGACUUUGGCUUAGUCUUGCGGAGAGGGUCGAAUCAGGUCCAAAUCGACUGCGUCCGCAUUUGUGGAGUUGAAUGGGCAGAUGAGCCAAUUGGCGAAGGUGAAGAGUCGGCUGAAAGCAGAAAAUCUCAGAGAUGGUAUGGAAGACUCGCCAGGGGGUUCGAGACCGAGCAUUUGUCUGGUGAGUCUGAAGCUGCCGUCAACUUGGUCGUUCGCGUCGACAUCAGCCUGACGGUCCAUUCGUCAACGAAGCUUCUCAAGGAAGCCAUAGAGCAACGAGCGGCCCAGAUGGAAGCCCCUGAUCUUGAGGACCGGCUGAACGAGGUCCAAGUCCACCUUUUCUUGCCGAGAGAGGUCGCUGAGAGGUUCACUGAGACCAUCAGGAGGGGCAGGCGUGCCUGGCAGAUACGCCUAUGGCACGUCGGUGAGGAGGAAAGCCGCCAUGAGGAGGCAGAGGGUGACGAGACGCGACAAGCACAAGCAGCGGUGGACGAAGCAGCGGUCGAACUGGAAGAAAUCGAGGAGGUGAGAACACCACACCAACAAGACAUGUGUAUAUUACAAGCUCGUGCAGGAAGAGGAGCCGUCUCACAUAUCUGUCGCUGCGGAAUCGGCCAUUCACGGUCCUUCCGAAACCUCGAAGGCCGAGGCCGUUACAUUUGAGAACGAAAUCUAUUCCUUCAGCAGCCUCGGAGCAUCCUUUACGGCCUCAGUGAUUGAUGUGGACUCUUCGGGACUGACGGUGUUGAAGAGGGCUCAAGUCGACGAAGAAAUGGGAACCACUGACGAAGGGGGGCCUGCAAGCAUCGGCAUUCUUUUCGAUGGUCUGGUGCAAGCACAGCUGCUCUCCUUCACAAGCGAUGAGCACUUUCAGGAGACACUUGUACAAGAGAAGGUCCCCAUCUCAAUUGCACGCACCUUGCAGCCCCCGUCUCCCUACCUGCUGACCCUGGCCCGCUGUGCGACAGCCACUGAGCCCUCAGUCUACAUCAUUGUCUCCACGUCGACUGCGGCAGUGGCGGAGGAGAUUCUCCAAACAAUAGAAGCAUUCAGACGGUGAUCAAGUAUAGAUGCACUUCGACGACCCUUUUCUCAGUGUCUUCCUGUCUGAUAUGCCCAGAAGUCACUUUCAAGCGCGACAAAAGCCGGAGAGUGCACCACCGGCCCCUUUGGAGCAGCCAGCGCCGGUCGCACCCGAUUCGGCUGCAGAGAAGAAGUUCGAGAGACAGGACACAAGUGCACUCCCACAGGAGGAGCAGCAGAUCCUCAGGCAAGUGGAGUUCCUUUCCUGGCCAAACACAAAGGUCGCGUCCAGUGUCUUCAUGAGGAACCACCCGCUCGCAAAAGUGCUGCAGCCAAACGCAAUGCUCACAUCCAUGCAGAGGUCAGCAGUGACAGCGGCCAGAACAGAUGACGGCUUUGAGAACCUUUCUUUGCGUCGUGCCUCUCAGGUUUCUAUUACUUGCAUGUGCCACGUUGGGCACCGCAUUUGUCGGCGCUCUGUUCUUCACGAGCACGGCCACCGCUCUGCAGUGCGUACCUGUCGCUGCAAGCAACGUGACGGACAGCAUAGCCGCCAACGACACGGACGUGCCCUCUCCGGCACCCAGCCUUCCAAAGGCGUCGUUCAGCAUCCCGACUGAUUUGCUCUACACGACGGAUGACCAGUGGAUAAAGGUCUUUGGGGACCUUGAAAGUGACCCAGAGGUGCUGCCUUUUAUGUUUUCACACGGAUGUCUGAUCCGCUUCACCUGAACGAUUGCUCUAGGUUUCGGCUACGGUGGGGCUGACCGACUACAGGCAAUCAGUACUGGGAGACGUCAUCUUUGUCGGCCAGCCCGUCGUCGGCAUCGAGUUCAAACCGGUCGGUACACUUGUGUCUCAUUUGCCGAAGGAAAGUGCUUUUUGUUCUUGCAAUCAGGGUGGUCUGGCCAGUGAGAUCGAGACAAUGACUCGGCUGAUUCAGCUCAAGGCGCCCAUUGGCGGAACAGUGUCUGAAACUAAUAGGCGACUGGACGACGCCGCAUAUAUGAUCAAUGACAGUAAGAGUCCCGAUCCGAUGCACCAGGGCAGAGACACAAAUCUCCUCCUUUGACAAAAAUGACAGGCCCUUACACUGAGGGAUGGCUGUACAAUGUCUCUGUCUGGUCGCUGAGCGAGCGGCAAAGGCUGCGAUCGUCCUUCAUGAGUACAGCCACUUAGCGGUCUCUCUCCCACCAGUUGCUCACCAGGUGUCUGUCUCCCCUUCAGAUGCGAUAUCGUACAAUGCCUCGCUGCAGCAAAAGAUCCUGGAGCAGCCUGCUGAAGAGGAGGAGGAAGCAGCGGUGCCCUGCGUCUAUGAGGACCCCAACGAGGCAACAUUUCAGAUAAACUGGCGGCAGGUCUCGCCUGAAAGAAGAAAGAAAGAGGAGAAUUCCCACAAGGAAUGUCAUUUUGUGGCUGCCGUCAGGUUUGGGUGGCGAUAUUCUCAAUCGUCUUCUCUGUCCCCGUCCCCAUGCUGCUCAAACAGCUGUUUGCCAUGCGUGUGGUGCAUCAGCCGAUGCAUCUGCAAGACAAAAAGAAACUCAUCCGCCAAUGGCGCAGAAAAGAGAAAGUUGGCGUAGUUCUCGGCUUCUGCUACCUAUUCUGGUGCCUUUUCUUCCUCUUGAUGUUCUGCGUAAGCCACAUAAGAACAAGCCAUAGGCACACUGCAUUCUGCGACUGAUUGUGCUCUGCUCGAUUGCAGGUCACGACAUCGAAGCUGCAAGACGUCUAUGACUACAUUAUUACGACGACGCUGAGCUUUGCGCAGAAGAUGAUAGUCCGCCCGUUCUUCUUCGUCCUUGGCUUCUUCGGCCUAAUCAAGAUAUCGACAAUCGUCGACCACUUCGAUGGGCUGCUGUCUGCCUGCCCCUCUUUCCUGGACUGGACCUUCCUGUUUGCAAAUUCUCCUGAGGAGCUGAUUGAGUCGUCGAAGGCCCUAGGGAGGCGGCUGGACGUCGACGAAUUAUCGGAGAUAGGCGGCAUACAAGACUUAGACAUGUUCACGUAGCCAAGGCGACAGUCACUUGGCUCGUUGUGACUUUCCC